GACAUUGACAUUCGCGACUAGUCUGUUUGGCAUAUAACCAAACAAAAUUGUCAUAUUUAUAAUGAUUUCCUACAUUGCUGAGGCUCAUUUUCACGGUCGUUUCCCAUUAGAAAACACUGAAGGUCAAGUUUUAUUUUUCUAUGGGAAUAAUUACAUAACAGGACUUCCUUGUUUCGUGAUAUCCCUUCGGGCCCACCAAUCGCCUAUACGACAUGACUGUUUAUAGUAAAUGCAAAGUGCUUUUCAAGAAGUAUCCUCUUUUACGAGGAAUGGCAUCUUAUAGUAUCAUCUGGCCUACAUCCAGCCUCAUACAACAAACGUUCGAGGGCAAGGAUUUAGAAAGCUAUGACUGGUGGAGGUGUGCUCGUUAUGGCCUGUACGGGUCCUGCUAUGUUGCACCUACACUUUACACUUGGUUGACAGUUGCCAGCAUAAUGUGGCCUGGAAAUACAAUAAGAGCUGGCAUUAUUAAGACAUUUGUUGAAACUAUCACAUACACACCAUGUGCAAUGUGUAGUUUUUAUUUUGGAAUGAGUCUUUUGGAAAUGAAGCCUCUGAAUGAAGCUAUCGCAGAAGUGCAAUCCAAAUUCUGGCCUACAUAUAAGGUUGGAGCAUCAGUUUGGCCCGCUGUAGCCAUGAUCAACUUCUGCCUCAUCCCCGCGAGGAACCGGGUGCCCUUCAUCAGCCUAUGCAGUCUGGUAUGGACCUGCUUCCUGGCCUACAUGAAACAUUUAGAGAAGGAAAAGGUUCCUGAAAGUAUAAUGCCAUCAUCUACUAAACUCCUCAAAAUUCAUAUAUAAAACAGCUUUAAUGUAAUAAGGAAUUUAAACCACCUGUGCCUUAAAAAGGUUGCAGCUGUAGCUAGAUCAAUUGUAGUUAUUGUUAGGCACAAUGAUGAGUGUGAUAUAAUUUAUUGUUAAGUUUGAUAUGAAUACUAGUAUUAAUCUGUAUUUAUUACAAGUAUUAAUCUUUGUAUUACUAAGAUACUAAGAAUGCAUCAUUAUUGUUACAAAUGGAAUUGUUAAUACUAUAACAUGUUUUAGAUACGGAAGUAUCUGUGAUAUUUUUAUAUUAUAUAUUUUAGAAUUACAAAAAAUACUGGGAUCUGAUGUACAUUGUACCUACAUUUUAAAUUUAUUUACGUGUUUAACAUGUGUACUAGAGUAUAUUAUUGUAGAAAAUAGUUAUUUACGAUACAAGUGCGGAAAAGAGGAAAUUCGAAACGAGUGGCGAUAAAUUACAACACGACCGAAGGGAGUGUUUUAAAUCGACACGAGUUGCGAAUUACCUAUUCGCACGUGUAUGGUACAACGUUUUACAGUACAUAUGGCCCUUUAAACUUUUGACAUCGCACGAAAAGUGCUAUUUUACGCACUAGUGCGUAAAAUAGGACCAUAUGUACUGUAAAAGUAUUUGUUAUUGGUGUUAUUAGUACCAAGUAGCAUUCGUGACCAAGCUAUUAAUUAUAAAAAACCGUUACAUCAUCACAUAAAAUGAAGGAAGGAAUUUUGUACAUACUACUAUAUAUUUUACGAUAAUUAUCAUGAAAGUUUGUAUUACGCUAGUUAUUAACUAGGGAAGAAUAUAUAUAGUCUAAGACUUGGUGACCUUUGUCUCGUGACACGGGUAGACAGCGCGAGGGCGUCCGUCAUAAUCGACCGAUUUCGUUCAGCAAGUCACACGUGAUUAAGACGAAGUAGUUGAGCUGCUUAAACUACCUACACGUGUCUGCCGAUUCUGCCAGAUAUAACGAGCGAAGUUUGGCAAGGUUAGGCCACUUGCGCCUCAUAGUCUGAGGCCGAUGCCAACUUGUGAAUAAGCGGGUUUGGAAGUUAUUCCUUCAAUGUUAAAUUUAUAAAUAAAAUGUACAAGUACCUAUUUAA